CUAAACAUCAUCAGUAGCUACACACGCGGUGACGUCACGUCGUCGGAUAGUGCACCCGUCGACAUGCAAGGUUUGCGUUUGAUAAAGGCGUGACCUUCUGUUGACGAGAUGCUAUCAGCCGCUGAGAUUGCGUCUGAAAAUAAAUCUCAACCCCUCGGUCUCUCACUGGACAUCUUGCCUCACUGCUGGACACAUCGAUAGUAGACUACCAUGCAGGGAUUCAUUCUCGUCACGUUCUGUCUCGUUCUCUUGUCUCCUCGAGCGCUCUCCUCGACGCCUGAUCCACACCGUGCAAUGGAGCUUUUGACGUUCGAUUUGUACCUCAAGUUUACAGACCAGGAAGAUGUGCCGGAGUUGAAUGGCACCAAUGGUUAUAAGCAGCUGCUGCAUGAGGUCUUCACGGGCAUCACGAAUCUGACGGCGGUCGCUCAGAUUGAGAAGCGGGUCGUGCUUUUCCAGAUGUUUUUGAUGGACCAUCAAGAUCACGACUUGCACGUACACUUGAUUGUGGCGACUAACUCGUCAGACAGUUGGACUCUAACGACUGCUCAUUUUGUAAAUAAACUGGUGACUAUCAUGAGGUCUGUAGCCUUGAUUGUGCGUGUUGAUCAAUAUCCCACUUCCGGUCCUGAUGUACUUGUGGGAACGACAAUGUCUGGUACUGCAUCUGUGUCUAGUACUGCAUCUGCCUCUGUGGCUGGGUUGAGUGUCUCAUCUGAUGGUGUUAGGCUUGUGACGUCAUUUCGAGUAUCAGACAGUACUACGACAUCAACGACUGCAGUGACUGAUGGAUAUGAUUACAAAUUGUCAGGAGCAAAGGACAACUCUGCAGGAUUGAGUCUUCUUGGUUGUCUAGUUGUGUUGAGCGUGUGGAACUGUGUGAGAUGAAAAUGCAGAUUCUAAUUCUACUAAGACUGUUCAUUACUCGAGAAGCAUGCGACUUGCUACAUUUUUCAUUAUCCUGAAUUUCUGUUUACAGAUGACGACAUGACGAUGUGUAUUAACAUCUUAAGCUAUUGGAAUUAUUUAUAUGUUAGUAUUACAAAAUAUGAUGCCUGGUCUGAAUGCAA